UGAUGCGUCUAUGUGCUUGUAUCAGUUCCUCAUAGCUGUGCGGAGCGAAGGUGCCCAGCUCACUACCGUGGAUGGCGAAACAACCAGCCAUUUAAUGGGUACGUUUUAUCGUACCAUACGCUUGGUGGAGCAAGGAAUCAAGCCCGUGUAUGUAUUCGAUGGGAAACCGCCAAAUCUGAAAAGUGGAGAAUUGGCUAAAAGAGCUGAAAGAAGGGAUGAGGCACAGAAACAGUUGCAGGCUGCCGAGGAAGAUG